AUGCAGAGCGCGGACCCGGAGCAUCCGUACAAGCGGCCCCGUUACAAUGGCAGCCCGAGGACGCCGCCGAGCACCCCUACCGCAGAGGCGGAGAGGUCCCCGGGCCCCGAACUCCACCCUGACCACCAGACCUGGGACCCGGAGCAGGUGUGCGCCUUCCUAAAGCGCAAUGGCUUCAGUGAUCCCCAGCUGCAGACACGUUUCCGAGAAAAUAAAAUCACUGGUUCACUAUUGUCUUUUCUCGAUGAAUCUCUUCUUGAAAACCUUGGAGUAAGUUCCUUUGGGGAAAGACAGAAGCUGCUUUAUUAUAUCCAAAGAUUGAGUCAAACUCAAAUUGAAACGAUGAAGGUUAUCAAUGAUCCCAUCCAUGGCCACAUUGAGCUCCACCCUCUCCUCAUCCGAAUCAUUGACACACCUCAGUUUCAGCGGCUUCGCUACAUCAAACAGCUGGGAGGUGGUUACUAUGUUUUCCCAGGAGCAUCGCAUAACCGCUUUGAGCAUAGUCUGGGGGUAGGAUAUCUAGCAGGAUGUCUAGUUAGUGCACUGCAUGAAAAACAGCCAGAGCUGCAGAUAAGUGAGCGAGAUAUGCUGUGUGUGCAGAUUGCUGGGCUCUGUCAUGAUCUCGGUCAUGGACCAUUUUCUCACAUGUUUGAUGGAAGAUUUAUUCCACUUGCUCGCCCAGAAGUAAAAUGGACGCACGAACAGGGUUCUGUCAAGAUGUUUGAGCACCUAGUUGAUUCGAAUGGACUCAGAGAAGUCAUGGAGCAUUAUGGUCUCGUUCCUGAAGAGGAUAUUUGUUUCAUCAAGGAGCAAAUUACAGGACCACUUGAAUUCCCAGUCCAAGAAUGUCUGUGGACUUAUAAAGGGCGCCCUAAAGAGAAGAGCUUCCUCUAUGAGAUAGUGGCCAAUAAAAGAAAUGGCAUUGAUGUGGACAAAUGGGAUUAUUUUGCCAGGGAUUGCCAUCACCUUGGAAUCCAGAAUAAUUUUGACUACAAGCGCUUCAUUAAAUUUGCCCGAGUCUGUGAAGUAAAUAACAAGAAGCAUAUUUGUACUAGAGAAAAGGAAGUUGGAAAUCUAUAUGAUAUGUUCCACACACGCAAUUGUUUACACCGAAGAGCUUAUCAGCACAAAAUUGGCAACAUCAUCGAUACAAUGAUCACAGAUGCUUUUCUCAAAGCGGACCCCUAUCUGGAGAUACCAGGUGCUGAAGGAAAAAAGUAUCACAUUUCCACAGCAAUUGAUGACAUGGAAGCCUUCACGAAACUAACAGAUAACAUUUUUCUGGAAAUUUUACACUCAAGUAAUCCCAAACUGGAUGCAGCACGAGAGAUUUUAAAAAAAAUUGAAUGCCGAAAGCUGUACAAGUAUGUGGGCCAGACUCUUCCACCAGUAGGACAAGAGAAGAUUAAAAGGGAAGACUAUAAAUCCCUUCCACAGGAAGUUGCUGAUGCUAAACCCAGUGUAUUGCUACAGGCUGAACUGAAAGCUGAAGAUUUCAUAGUGGAUGUUAUCAAUAUGGAUUAUGGAAUGGAGGACAAGAAUCCUAUUGAUCAUGUUCACUUCUAUUAUAAGAAUGACCCCAACAAAGCAGUCAUGAUUGCUAAAGAUCAGGUUUCACAGCUUCUACCAGAGAGAUUUGCAGAGCAGCUGAUAAGAGUGUACUGUAAGAAGACCGAUAACAAGAGCUUGUAUGCUGCACAACAACAUUUUGUUCAGUGGUGCUCAAUCAGAGGUUUCACCACCCCAUAG